AUGCUGCUACUUGCUUUAAGUGUUGCUGUUUUCUUUGCAAAGCUGGCCUUUGCAAAGAAACAGCCUGAUGAUCUCACCACUGGCCUAACCACACCGGCUCAUAUACUUGUUGGGUUUCCCAAGCACAUAUCUGUUGCCAACAGGGUGCAAGGUUUCCCAUUCUCGAUUGACAAGGAAGUUACUGGCAUACCUUCGUGGAUGACUUUUAGCUAUCCAAACUUGCUUUAUGCUGUCGACGAGUCGUCAAAUGCUCUUACACUCUUUGAAAUCAACUUCUUUAAUACUGAUAAUACCCGACUUGUCGGCUGUGCAUAUGGUAAUGGUACCAUUGAUAUCUGGAACACUACAAAUGGCGGCCUGGGACUUAUCAAAACCGUUCCCUCACCAGGGCAGCCAGGUCCUGAUAAAGAACGACAAGCAAGCCCUCACCCCCACCAGGCAAACCUUGAUCCAACUGGCCGCUUCUUCGUUAUUAACGAUCUUGGUACAGACUCUAUGGUGGUUCUUGACUCCAAUUAUGAUGCCUUUCAGAUAGUGAAUAUCAUUCACAUCUCGCCCCAGGGUUGCGGCCCUCGACAUGGCGUUUUCUAUCCCCAAGGAGCAUUCAGAGCGACCCAUUAUAUUCUUGUCUGCGAGAUCAGUAACAAGGUUCUUGUCUAUACGGUAUCAUACCGUGAGAACUACCUUGAUUUCACAGAGAUCCAAAGUACUUCGACAUUUGGUCCUGGAUUACCACCCGCCAACUCAUCCAGUGCUGCUGCUGGGGCAAUCGUGUUAGCGGCAGAUAAUAGGCAUUUGUACGUUUCUAAUCGACAAACAGGGAACUCUACGGACUCCGUUUCCCAUUUCCAGAUUAAUCACUUAAAUUCUACCUUCCUUUCACUCCAGUUUGUAGGCUCUGCUUCUACAUAUGGGAUUUCCCCGCGGAUGAUGAGCUUCAGCCAUGGGGAUCGAUACCUGCUCAUCGCCAACCAAGCGGGAGGUUUUGGUCUCGUGGCUCUUGAAAGGCGGUUGGAUGGCACACUCGAGGCAGAGAAUCCCGUUUCUGUGUUGGGAGCACCCGACUUUACACCCCAGUUUGUCCAGCAGAUCACUUGA